AUGAGCAUCCUCAGCUACUUUACGGCUCGCUCUCCGACUAUACAGGUAUUCCUCAUCGCCCUCGCGACCCGGAUCAUCCACCUCUCAAUCCUCCAUCUCCUAACCCGUCUCGUCCCUCUCUUCGACUCUUCCCCAGAACUCCUGCAACACUCACCAUUGCCAGGGCUGCGGUGGGAUGCUAUUCACUUUGCAUCUGUAGCUUCUAGGGGGUACGAGUAUGAGCAGCAGGUCGCUUUCCAGCCAGGAUGGCUUGGAAUCAUGCGAUCAGCUGGUGAAGUAGUGAGAUGGGUCAGAGGCGCGGCAGUCGUGGACAUUGGAGAUGUCGUUUUGGGCGGCACCAUCGUCGCCAAUGCCUCGACUAUCGGAGCUACUGUGGUGCUGUACAAACUCUCGACGCACAUCUUCGACCCUACUUACGCCUUCAUCACCUGCCUCCUGUAUCUCUUGCCUCCAACAGCGAUACUAGGAUCAUCAUACACCGAGCCGCUAUAUGCGCUGCUAACAUUCACCGGUAUCUAUAUGCUGGCUAUCGAAAAGCAAAUGUUCAUCAGCGCGCUGUUCUUUGCGGGAGCUUCGAGCAUCCGAAGCACCGGUGUCUUCAAUGCUCUCUUCAUCUUUGCAUACUAUGUGUGCGGAUCUGUAGCCCUUGAUGACCCCAGUGACUUGCGUCUUCUGAAGGGCGUUGUCCUUAGGACAGCCGAGACUAUGCCGUCAAACUUGCUCGUCAUCGCGCCCUUCGUGGCGUUCCAAUGGUAUACUAGUGUGGGGUUCUGUACAUCAGAAGCUAUGUCUGCCGACACAGCCCGUCCCUGGUGCCACAACGAUCCUCGUCUUUCCUAUAGCUUCGUCCAGUCCCUCUACUGGAACGUGGGGCCAUUCAAAUACUGGACUCUCGCCCAACUCCCCAACAUCGCUCUCGCCCUCCCCAUCCUCUACUCGUCAUUCCUCGGCACAUCCACUUUCCUCCGUUCCUUCUUCCGUUCCACCAUCUUCCCCAACCCCGGUAGAACCCUACCCAAACCCGCCCGGCCUCUGCCAGAACUCUACCUGGUUCAUAUCCUUACUAUGGCCCUCUUGCUAUUUGCCAGCCAUACGCAGAUAGCGUUGAGAGUGAGUCUAGGUGACCCGGUGGUUUGGUGGAAUGUAGUAGGGCUCGCUUUUGAAUGGGACAAGAGAGAGAAGGAUGGGCGGCUGGAGAUGACGCAGUUGGGGAGAUGUUGGGUGGGGUGGACGGUAGUAUGGGGGUCUGUUGCUAUGGUGCUAUGGGCAGGGCAUUAUCCACCGGCAUGGUAA